AUGCAACGAAACAAAUUUAAAAGAUGUUUGUUCGCACCCCACGGAGCAGCUGUACGAGAUCAACCGGCCUUUGAAGCGAUAUCUAAAAUCGCUGCUGAAAACGUACUAUUUUCAAUACAUCAAGUAUGCGCGUCUGAAGCGGCUUGCAAAGCAAGCUCUUCUUCUCCAGCCAUUUUUGGAAACUUUCCUUUUUCUUGGAGUGCCAAGGAAUCCAGCCGACUGGACGAUUCUCCGGCCGACCCUAAUGUUAACUUUGCGCUAUUCGAAAGAGAGACGGAAGAAUCUGGCCCAUCCGGGGCAUUAUAUUACAACUUGCUUGAAAAUCCGGAGCGAUAUACCGGCUACUCUGGUGGCGAUGCCAAUCGAAUCUGGCAUGCCAUUUAUUUGGAAAACUGCCACUACAUAAACGAGCCGAUAGGGUCCAAUUUCUCAUCCGCUCCAA